AUGCCUCUGCGUCAUUCUCUCCUCUUUUGCCCACACCCACUCUCCGGUCAGGCGUGGUGGUCAUUCAACGGCGAGACCAUCCAACCGUCUGACGCACGGCGGCAGAUUCUGGUGGCCGGCGACCGACACAGCCUCAUCUUGGCCAAACUCGAUCAGAGCGACACGGGCCGGUACUCGCUGACGGUGGAGAACUCGAUCGGAGUGGCCACAUGCUCAGCUCUUGUGCUGGUCAACGCUGACGUCGCCUCGAGGUAG